AUCAUGAUCAUUAAUUGUCAUUAAUUUUUGUUUACAAUGUUUUGAGUAUUUAUUUUGGUAAAUAAUUUCAAUUCUAUGACCAACAGUGUUGCCCUGGUGGUAGCGUUCUCAUUUAUCAUUAAUGAUAUACAUUUUUUUAUUGAUUCCAGUAUCCUCCAAAACAAACACUUCACAUCGAGCCUUGUCUAUUUACUAAGCGUAUGCCUUGUUCUUCGCAAGAUCACCUUGAUUCCUGGCAUCGUAUCUAAGAAAUGGCCCAUGAUAUGUUUCAUUACAGAGGUACCCAUAUCAAUAGUAAUACUAGAAGCAUUCCUGUUCUAUUUUUGGAAGCCAGUUCAAGACUAUUUACUCCUACACUCUGAUACUAUCCUGGUACAUUUGGCCGAGGAAAGGAGUUUGGACUGGCUUGUCUGUCACCUAUGCUGUGGACACAGUAACUGCUCAGAAAUAUUUGCAGAUGUUAUAUUGAAGUUUUUAAGCUUUGUCAUUCUGUUUUCUGUUAGCUUUAUUUCUGUGAAACAUUUAUGAUAUUGUUACUUGCUGGUUUUAAAGUAAAAUUGAUGACGACA